UGCGCGCUCGGGCCGGCGCCUCUUCUCGCGGCCGCGCCCCGGGGGCCGGCGCGGCGGGCCAUGGCCCAGCAGCGAGCGCUGCCGCAGAGCAAGGAGACGCUGCUGCAGUCGUACACCAAGCGCCUCAGGGACGACGCCAAGUCCAUCAUGGACAACUUCACCGAGAUCAUCAAGACCGCCAAGAUCGAGGAUGAGACGCAGGUGUCCAGGGCUACCCAGGGGGAGCAGGACCACUACGAGAUGCAUGUCCGGGCCGCCAACAUCGUCCGAGCCGGAGAGUCCCUGAUGAAGCUUGUGUCCGACCUCAAGCAGUUCCUCAUCCUCAACGACUUCCCCUCAGUGAACGAGUCAGUGGAGCAGCGGAACCAGCAGCUGCGGGCGCUGCAGGAGGACUGUGACCGGAAGCUCAUCAGCCUGCGGGAUGAGGUGUCCGUGGACCUGUACGAGCUGGAGGAGGAGUUUUACUCGUCCAGCUCGAGUGUUGGCGAAGCUAAUGACCUGCCUCUGUGCCAAGCGUACUGGAGGCUGGACCACGACGCGGGCUCCCAGCUGGGGUCCCCAGAAGCCCUGCCCACCCCCACGCCUGCGGCCCCAGCCCCACGGAGCAUGCCUGAGCCCCCGUCCCCGGGCCCUGGGUCUUAGGCCACCCGGUGCUUGCCUGGG